AUGUUGCAGGUGAUGCCCAGCGAGGCCAUCGAAAAGCCGCCCAGUGCCCUCAUCUCCUUCGAGGAGUUCACCAAGAUGCCGCACGAUGUGUGGCUGCUGAUCAUGGACCUGCUGAACCCGGUCGACUUACUGCAUCUGGCCUAUUCUGACAGCUACUUCAAGGAGCUGGUGACGGUCUCGCCGAAGCGAUGGGGCCUGAUCAAGGCGCAGCUUACCCCUUCUUUUCUCGACGCGAGGACCUACAAGUUCAUCGAUCUUGGCAACUACGUGGGGCCGGCCAAGUUGGCCAAGAAGAAGAAGUAUUUGCUCGGCUACGGCGACGAAUACGCCUUCAAGCGCUACAUGUCCGGGGUCCGGAAGGAACUCGCUGGGUUUUGCCGCCAUGUGCCGCCUGACGUUGAUCGCGAACCGGCAGCUCUAGAUGAUCUCUUCAUCCUGUUAAACAACGCGGUCUUUGAUCUUUUUGGCUACGGUGUCGACUGGAAUCUGCCGGACCCGAGCAAGUACAGGACGGCUCCUCACGUGCGGGCCCACAUCGCCCUGAUGUCCAUCAACGGCCCGAAACUGGAGCUGUGCCGUCAUAUUGCUGCGCUCGAGCCGAUGGGCAUUGCCAUCCACACCAGCACCGCCAACCAGCUCGGCCCCGUCAUCUCGGAGGUGGCCAUGCUGAUGCCGGGUCUGAACAGGGCCUGGAUUCACUUUGGGAAUGAGAUGUCAGAAUCGGGCGCGCUGGCCGAAUUGAAGUGCCCCCACAUCAUUGCUUUCGUGUCGUUGGUGAAGAAAGUGAAACAAAAUAAGUGCUCCACCUUUGUGGCCCACCCCGAGAUGCUCAAGAAUUUCACCAUCUACUUUAUCCCGACACUCCAGAAUAUGAUCUCGCAAUGGGCAGCCGGGACGCGCGACAUCCAGAUGAUCGUGCUGAACUCACAGGAGACGGCGAAGCUGGGCUACGAUUACAGCAUUCCGCACGCCUGGGCCAAAGUCGACCCGGAGCUGGAGAAGAUUCCCAGCAUCCUCUCGGCCGGCCGAACCGAUGUGCACCAAGUCUUCAGCUGGACCAACUGUUGCCUGAUUCGCAGGGCUCCAUUCAGCGAGGAAGGGCUUUUCAUUUGCAUCGACGGGGCCAACCUCGUGCUCAUUUCCUGUAACUACACCUUUCGCAGAGACCGCACGCAGCACGAUAACACGGUGUACAUGAACGAAGCCAUCGACAUGGGAACCCAGAUGCUGAUGGAGCGGCUGUAUGAUGACAAGAAUGGAGGGGAGCUCCGGCGCGAGGCACUCGUCAAGAACUGGGAAAGCCGCGAACCGCACGGCUCGCUUCCCAUCCACGAGCAAAUCAUUGACCAAAUGCUGUACAGUUGGCCCGCACACGAAUGGCCGUUCACCGACAAGUACUACCGCCCGCACGUGGACCCGAUCUUCAAUGCCUACAAGAAGCUAAGCGACAAGUACCCGGUCUUCGACAAAACCGAUCGAUUC